UCGUCAGCUCUUGGAUACACAUUCAGCAUUGGCAUUGGUAUUAGCUCGCUUGAAGAGUGCUUUGCCCCAGUCCUCACAAGCCCUCGGUUGAAGGGCAACGGAUCGUUGUGCAGCAUAUGAUUUGGCGCUUACCAGCCGAGUUCUGGGGGGAAGGGGAGAGAGGGAGUGAGAAAAGAUCGGUUGUUAUGACCUCGGUUGUCGCUGCCGCACUCAGUCUUCGUUGUCGUCGUCGUCGUUGUUAUUGUCGUCAGUCUUUUGCAUUUAUUCUCCACAUCGAGCCCAUUUCCCUCUUCUUUCUUUUUUCUCUUUUCCUUUCACUUCUCGGCUUUGUACUCCAAUUGACCUGCACUCACCAUUAUCUGCGGCCAUGGCUGUCCUCUCAACACUCUCCUCCUUGCCAGCUCUCUUGAGGGUAUUCCUGGAUAAAUACCCAAAGUCCUUACAGGACCUGAAGAAGCCUAGGAGCAUCGCACGAGUGCUCAUCACCUUUGCGGUCUUGAACGCCUUAAGGAAGAUCAUCAACAACCGAUACUUUCAUCCACUGAGCCACAUCCCGUCCAGUAUCCUCUCGUCAACAUAUUUCUUUACCGCCCUCGGCGUGUAUUCGGGACGAAGCCAUUACUUCUUGCCAAGUACACAUAAGCGACAUGGUAAAAUCGUUCGAUUGGCGCCCGAUAUCGUCUCUGUUGCGGACAAGGAUGCCAUCCGCGAGAUCCUGGUCACUGCAGAUUAUCCAAAGAGUGAGAUCCAUGAAGGAUUGGAGCUUUACAACCAGCAUAAUCUGUUUUCAUCCCGCAACAAGGAUUUCCACAAAAACAGGAGACGACUGGUCGCACCGGCGUUUGGGUUACAGUACCUUCGUUCUCUGGAGCCCAUUAUGCAUGACUGCAUCCAAGUCCUGAUUAAAAAGAUCGACGAGAUCUUGGAGGAUCCCAGAACUGUCCAGAAGGGCGCCAAGGUCCUCCCCCCUGGGCACAUCAACAUCUGUUCGUUCAUGAACCGACUCUCGCUCGAUAUCAUUGGUGAAACAGCCUUUGGGGAGUCGUUCCAGAUGGUGAAAGAGGACAAUCAUCCGAUUCCAAAGCAGAUGGCACGAUCGUUGAAGCGAAGUAUGCAACAGACAUUCAAUCCGUGGAUGCGCUGGUUGUUACCGUUGGAUUACUCUUUUAUCCAGUUCUCAGUUGAUCGAGUCAAGGUCAGGAGGGAUGCUGGCGAGGCAGGAAGGCGAGCGGAUCUGUUGCAAUUCUUAAUCGAUGCGCAGGCGAACGAGCGCGCGAACGGCGAUGGGGAAACUGGUGAUGAUUAUGCGGACAUGAUCUCGGGCAAGCUGACAGACCAAGCUGUUCAGACGGAAGCCUUGGUCUUUUUAAUCGCGGGUUCCGAGACGUCUUCGACAGCGAUGACCAACACGCUGAUGUACCUUGUCAAUAAUCCAAAGACACUACACAGGUUAAGAGAGGAGAUCGACCAGGUGACGACGAGCAACCCUCCAGAGGCAUUGCCAACGUAUGAUCAAGUCCGUAACCUGCCAUAUCUUGCGGCCUGUAUCAACGAAUCCAUGCGCUUACGACCUGUAGCUGCAACAGGACUUCCUCGCGAAGUAACCGAGGACAAGGUCAUGGGCGGAUAUCUUAUUCCUAAAGGCACAAUUGUGCUUGCCCAGAUUCCUCAGCUGCAUUGGAGUGAGGAAUAUUUUCCUCGGCCAAAGGAGUACAUCCCUGAGAGAUGGUUGGCCGAGGGAGAAUCGCCCUUCCCGCCCGUGCAAGAUUUUACGUUUUACCCGUUCUCCGCAGGGACGCGCAACUGUGUGGGCAAGAAUUUCGCAAUGAUGGAGAUGAAGAUGAUCUUGGCGACGGUGGUAAAGAGAUACGAGAUUGAAGCGGUUCCGAGGCAGAGAACGGAUUAUGUGCAGUUUAUCACGACGGCAUUGGCGACGGAGAGCUAUGUGAUAAAGAUGAAGAGGAGGCAGCAGCAGAGAGCGUAG